AUGGGCACGACGCAGUCAAAGGGCCCCAAGAUUACCUCGCACGAUCGAGCCGUCCUCGAUCUCAAGCUGCAGAGGGACAGAAUACGGCAGUACCAGAAAAAGAUCCAAACGACGCUCGAGCACGAGACCGAGCUGGCACGACGGGCGCUGGCGACGUCCAACAAGCCGCUGGCGCUGUCGGCGCUGCGCAAGAAAAAGUACCAGCAGUCGCUGCUGGCCAAGACCGACGAGCAGCUGUCGACGCUGCAGAACCUCGUGUCGACCAUCGAGUUUUCGCAGAUCCAGGCGAGCGUCGUCGAGGGGCUCCGGCAGGGCAACACGGUGCUCCGCCAGAUCAACGACUCGAUGAAGAUCCAGGACGUCGAGCGCAUCCUCCAGGACGGGGAAGAGGCGCGCGCGUACCAGCAGGAGAUCGACGAGAUGCUGCAGUCGCGCAUGACAAACGACGAGGAGGAAGAGGUGCAGCGCGAGAUGGAGGCGCUCGAGAGGGAGGCCAACGGUCUUCCGCCGUUGCCAGAGCAAGAGCAACGCCAACAGCAGCCGCCGGUCGAGCUUCCGUCGGCCCCUCAGACCGAGCCCGUCGCACAACCUCAACCCGAGGAGGCGGCGCUGCAGCCCCAAGCGGCAGGCAAGCCGGCUGCAUCGCAGCGGCAGCAGGCCGAACCGAUGCUGGCUUGA